UUAGUAAAUUCUGGAUCAAAAGCUCACAGAGUGUAAUAUGAGUCAGUUAGCCUGUGUGUGUCUGCUCGCGGUCGGCGCCAUCGGCUUGAUUGCAACCGUUUGCUACAUUUGGUACGUUGUAGAGAAUCCGCACGACAAUAACUCAAAAUGCGAGUGUGCCCAUCACUCAUGCGGCUGUUGCGUCCAUUUGGAAGCAGAUAUCAUUGAACUGAACAGCACAUUAUGUACCCAAGUAACCUAUUUAAGUAAGAGCUACGGAAUUUCUUUCAUAUUGGACCUGAACGACAAAGUCAUCGUUAAUGAAACUGCUACCGUGGAGGAACUGUCACACAAAUGCUACAACGUUCCCGAGACGAAGAGGGUGGUGCAGAUCUGUGUCGGAUUCUACAAAGUGCAGGAAAGCAAUAAUCAGUUGAGCUGCUGCCUGGAAGCUAUCCUUAAUGUUAAAAAUGACCGAAUCGCGCGUGCCGUGUUCGGCUGCUUCAAAGUGCCUGCAAAGUUCACAGGAGACGACUCAAUUUCCAUUCUCAGGUAUCUCAAAGAGAGGUAUGUGGCGGGCUACUUAACUAGCAUGCAAACAUAUGAGUGAUUUGUGUACCGUGUAUACCUGUAGAAAUAAAUAAAUAUAUUUAACGAA